AUGUUGCUCUGCUUAUGUGCUUUGGUACAUUCACAGCUGAUACAGUUAGCGCAAAGCACCGUGAGAUGCUUUUGCGACAAACAAAACUGUGAAGAUUCGUUGAUUUGUACGGGCGAGUUGUGCUUGAUUGGAUUUCGCAGUGAUGAUAGUCAAACACAUAUGGAACAGCUAUGUAGCAAUACAGGUGAUGCAAAAGUUCUGGCUAAAUGUCAGCACAAUUGGAAUGAAUGGCAAGAGGUUUGCGCUUGCGAAGAAGAUUUUUGCAAUACAUUUGCAUAUUUGCGCGGUUCCAUUGAGGAAGAAAACAGUGAUAAUUUGGCUGAUUCACAACGGUCAAAUUUGAUUGAGGAACAAUCAUCAAUAAACUCAUUGGGAAGACGUCGUAGCAGUAAUUUGAUUAUUCUGCUGGUGAUUAUCCCGUUGUCAGUUGGCGCUCUGGCGGUAUGGCUUAUUUUUAUCAACUACCACUGCAAGAUGUGUUGA